AUGCGUUUCGCUGCUGCCGCCGUCGUCCUCGCUGGUGCCGUCUCGGCCCAGACUGUCUACAGCACUGACUACAUCACCAUCACCUCCUGCGCUCCUGAGGUUACCAACUGCCCGGCCCGCUCUACCCAGACCUUCAGCUCCACCUACGCUGUUGAGAGCUCCAGCACCGAGGCUGUCAAGACUACCGAGUCUACUCCCUCUGCUUCCCACGCCGUGAGCUCCCCUGGCUCUUCGGUCGGUGCCUCCGUCCCCGGCUACUCCGCCUCCGUUCCUGCCUACUCGGCUUCCACGGUCGCUGUCUCCUCCCCGGCUGUCUCCUCUCCGGUCUACCCUACCACCGUCAAGACCGCCGGCUCCACCAGCCCUGCCACUGGUAGCUCCUCGGUCCUGACCAUCUCGACCACCACCUGCGUGCCCACCGUCAUCUACAGCACCGUGACCGUCACCCCCACCACCGCUUCCUCCGUCAAGCCCUCUUCUGGCUCCUCCAUUCCCGGCUACAACGCCACCACCCCCGCUUCUCCUUCCUCCACCUACCCCGUGACCGCCGGUGCUGCCAGCUUCGGCAUGAGCGCUGGUGCCGUUGUGGCCGCCGCUGCCGCCGCUUUCUUCUUCUAA